AAAAAAAAAAAAAUCCACACUCAAACCUAUGUACAGUGUAAAGGAAAACAUGCAUUUAGUAUUUAUAAAGACUGGCUAACAUUCAGAUUUUUCACAACAAAAUGAAAAUUAGUGUUGGGUGUCAGAAUGGAUUCUAUCAGUGUUUAAUUAUAUACAUUACCAAAUUAUGUUUACCAAUGUGUUAAUGUUGUGUUGAUUAGUUUCAUCCACAACAGACUAAUUCAGGUUUGUCUACAAAGUUAAAAAAAAAGAUGAUUUUUAGCAUUUUAGAUGAUUAAAAAAAAAAAAAAAAACUAGCAGUCAUCUAUUUGUCAAAUACAAAUAAAAUUUGGCAGGAAUGUGAGCAGUUUUGGCUUGUAGAAGGUGACCUUUGUUUACCACAGCUGCUGGUCUGAGAUGAUGAGCAGUGCGCAUGCUCCUCUUCCGCCACUGGAGUUUACGGUUGCCAAGUAACCGUGGAGCUCCGGUUUGUCAGUGACAGUGAAACAGUGACCACUUGUCAUGUCAGGUCCAAUGCAGAGCGCAGGCGAUGAGGAGGGGAGGGAGGAAGGCUCCAGCCGAAAUGAGAGCGACACCAACCCGCAGGAUGAAGGCGACAACGCAGCAGAGGGUGCCACUGAACCGUCACCUCCAGAGUGUGACUCACAGGAUCAGUCAGCACCUCAGUCUGAUGACACCGUCCCUCAGCCUCAUCCUGCUCUCAUCACAGCGGAUGAAUACAACCCAGCAGCCAGAAAUUCAGUGCAAGAAAAUGAUGCCCAUCUUUUACACCUAAAUACAUCAGAGGGCAUGGAGGAGCCGCCACUGGAAGAUGAGGAGGAGGACGACGAGUUGAUUGUUCUUGAUCCUGAACAUCCACUAGUCAGAAGGCAACAAGCUGCUCUGAAUAUCCAGCUCAAUAAACAGCUGGAGAGGAUCAAUCUGGAACUGAAGGAAAAGCUGGCAGUAGAGAAGGCCGUUACCAGCCACAUGCAGGAAGCAAAUGUUGAGAUGUUCAGGGUCCAGGAGCAGCUGGCCAGAAUGCAGAACAAGCUGGAGGAUGGUCAUCAGACCAAGGCACAGGCUGAAGCCAAACAUCGGCAGACACAGGAUCAGCUGGAGACGAUGAAGAGCCAGUAUUCCUAUACCAUCAGCCAGGACAGAGAAGCUAAAGCCAGUGUGUCCCAGCUACAAGCAGAGUUAGACAACAUCAUGCAACACCUCCUCUUCACACAAGGAAUCAGUGAGGAUCUGCACUCUAAAGUCAAAAUCAUGAACAAUGCCAGACGCAAAGCAGGAGCUGAGAAAACUCAGGCAGAAGAACAGAAAAUGCAGCAGGAUUUAUAUGUUGAGCGUCUAACAAAGGACAUGGAGAGACUGAAGCAGCAGAUAGAAAUGUUUGAGGCCCAGACCAGUGCUCAAGCGGAACAGACUCUGGCAACUAAAGAGGCCCUUUCUGAGGCUGAGAUGGAAAUGGAGUCAUUGUUGGUGGCACGUAAACAGCUGCUGCAGCAGUGGAACAGCAGCCUGACGGGCAUGAGGAGGCGAGAUGAGGCGUUCAGUGCAAUGCAAGAUGCCAUGCGUGAGGUCGAACACCAGGUGAUCUUGCUGGAUGGAGAGAUUGAAGGCUACAAGAAAUCCAUCACUGCAGAACAGGACCAAAAUGAGACACUGACUAUCCAGCUGAACUGGUCUCAGAUGGAUUGCGCCACGUCCAAGAAGCUGAUCAGUCAGAAACAGGCUCAGCAGGAGGCUCUGCAGGCCCACUACAGCACCUGCCUCCGAACACUGCGCCAGACAGAGCGAACCCUCAGCACACUCACAAAGGAAGCCAGUGCACAUCAGGCUGAACUGAACGAUCAGAGGAGGCAGCUGGAGAAAGAGAGUUCUGUGCGUCUGGACCUGGAGGAGAAGAUUGUGACCAACAUGCAGCAGAAGCUCACACACAACAAGGCUGCCAAGUACUCCCAAAGACUCACCAGCAAGAUGGCCUCUCACAAGAAGGAGAAGAUGUGUCAGCUGCAGCAGUUGGAGAAUGAGAUAUUGACAGUUAGACUACAGAACCAACAGGUCGACCAACAUGUGAACAGUUUAGCCGUCACCCAGCAGGCCCUGGAUGAGGAGAUUGCAAAGUACAACAAGUUGCUGACUUUAAAUCAGAAUAAAAUUUCCUCAUUUGUUACACUCAUCGACCAGAAGCAAACAACAAUCGCCACCUGCAAGACCAAGAUCUGUCAAAUCACAUCCAGCACUGGGCAUGAUGACCUGAGCCCUCUGCAAAUUAAGAUACAGGCAGUCAUGGGUCAGAUUGAGGAUCUUGUGGCGAAUAUCAAGAGCGACCAGCAGCUCUGGAUGAGACAGCAAGAAACACUGGUGGGACUGACCCAGGAGAUAGAGUCCAACAGCAGGCAGAUGCUCAAACUGCAGACAGGCUACACUGCAAUGCACCAGAAGAAAAUCCGUUUGCAGAGUCAGAUUGAAUCCGAGCACCGAGAGGAGAAGGAGUUGGAGAAAAACUUGAAGGCAUUGAAGAGAGAUUUGGUGAAACUCAACACCCUGCUGAGUAAAAACGGACAGCUCAGCCAGGCUCUGGAGCAGGAAAACGCACUCACGAAGACAGACUUUGUUCACAGACUUAAGGAGGCUGAGCGGGGAUGUAUUGAGGUGCAGAUGAAGCACGAGAAGACGCAUGAAGAAAAAGAGAGGCUGCUCAACAGUCUGCUGGAGGCUGAGCGACAAAUCAUGCUGUGGGAGAAGAAGAUCCAGCUUUUAAAAGAGACUCGCUCAGUUGUGGACACAGAGGUGCGACAGGGAGAGAUCCAGGUGAUGAAAGCCGAAAUCCACCGUAUGGAGGUGCGACUCAACCAGCUGAUGAAGCAGCGGGAGCGGCUGCUGAGGGAGAGCGAAGCAACCGUAGCAAGGAGGGAAACCAUCGUCCUGCGCAGAGAGGCCUUGGUCCACAACUCCCACAAACAGACCACUAAGGGCGACCUGAGCCGCCUCAUACAGGGCCUGCAGCGCAAGACCCAGGAAACACACAAGCAUGCAGCAGAGUGUGAGCAGGUGAUCAGGGAGCUGAGCCAGAGCCAGGUGAGUUUGAGCGACAACCUCAAGAAGCAGAAGCAGCAGCUGAUUGAACUGUGCAGCAAUGGACACAUGCUGGACUCUGACUUUGAAAAUCUCCAGGACACUAAAGACAGAAAACUGGCCCACCUAGUGGCUCUGCAAAGUCGGACCAAGAGGCUGCAGGGAGUGUGUGAAGGCAGCUACAAGGCCUCUUCCAGCAGCGAGUCAGUGGGAGCAGCUCUGCAGAGCCAGCUGGAGCGAAUACAUGCUGCCAGCACCAUCCUGCACCGUGUUUGUGAGGAAUUCCCCCAACACCAGGGGGCACUGCGCAAGACAUUAAAGACACUGGCAGCACUAACACAGCCAGAGCAGAAGACAACUUGAGAGUCAGGGUAAGAUGUAGACAAGAGUCCAGGAGAGGAAGUGCACAGCGAUUGAAUGUGAGUAAAACUGAAGUGAAGAUAAGAGGGAAAGAUGAGAUAAAUACCGUAUACUUCUUUUGUGUUUUAAAUGAAAUACUGUUUGUAAAGCGAUAUAAUCAACUAAAGGCUAAUUAAACAGUAAUAAAACAACUAAAUCCUCCAUAAUGUUUGGCUUGACAGUAUUGGAAUGAUACAUAAGUGGUUGCUAGUGACAUUCUUCCAAAAACUAUUUUUGCUGAUUAUCACUAGUGGAUAAGAUGAACCAUUCAGUAUAAUCUGUAAUUUAAUCUGUCAGUCUGCUGCCUUGUUUUAGACAAUUGAAAGCUGUACUUGCAUGCAGUUCAAUUCCAGCUGUUAAUAUGCUCAGCUAUUGUGUGCUUCAUGGAAUUGUUUGCCCUAAUUCAUGGGCAUGGUUGAAUCAAUGUGCAUAAUAAAUCUGAGUAUUUGAUGUGAGAAACUGGUUUGAAAGUGCACAUUCUAAAAAUAGCCUUAGUGAGAUCUUAUUUUUAAAAACUACAUUUUUGGAAAUACA